UUUAAGGAAAUCAUUUUAUCGAAAAUUACUAAACACAUUAUGUUUGUAACAAUUCGUUAUGUUUGUAAUUCCUUUACACGUUUGAAGUUUUAUAAAAAAACUGUCAAAUGUCAAUAUAAAAAUUAAACAAAGAGGUUACGAAACAAAACAAAAUGCGAUUAUUUGGUUAUUUAGCAAAAAAAGUCGGUGACUUAACAAUUAAAUACUCAAAUCUGCCAGAGUCAUAUGUAAAAAGGAGUUAUGAGCAGGUGUACUGGAAGAAUCCGACCGGGUAUCCACAGUAUCCGAAGGCACAGAUAGCGCGCAAGAAGUACCGCUUCACGACGAACAGGCCGUGGUCGGGUCAGUUCAAGCAGCAGAACGAUCGCAAUGUGCAUCGCAAGAAAGUGUUUGUGGAGCCCAUCGCUGAAUGGAGCUUCUUCAAAGGUGACCGUGUGGAAGUGAUGGUGGGCCGGGACAAGGGCAAGCAGGGCAUAGUGUCACAAGUCAUACAGGAACGGAACUGGGUUGUGGUGGAGGGCCUCAACACACACCUGCGAGUGGUGGGUAAGGACAAGUCGUUCCCCGGGGUGACGAUCCAGUCGGAGGCGCCACUGCUCGUCACCACUGACGUGAAGCUCGUCGACCCCGAGUCACUCAAGCCCACGGACAUCGAGUGGAGGUACACAGAGGAUGGGGAGAAGGUGCGCGUGUCUCUGGACAGCAGCAGAAUAAUCCCGGUGCCCAAGUCCGCCGAAGAGACCAUCGACUUCAAGAGCAAGGAGCUGUACAUAGAGAAUGUAGAAAAAGACACUGCAGUUGAUGACGUCAUCAAGGUAACAUUUGCGCCAAAGCUGAAGACAUUCGAGAUGGAGAUCAUGGAGGACAUGGGCAUCGAGGAGCACAGAGUGCCUGCCAAGUCCUACUGGUAUUAAUGUAGCGGAUAGCCAUAGACAAUUAUUGUAAAUUAUAGUUUUGUUUCUAAAUUAA